AUGUCGCAUCAUCACCAUCAUCAUGACGGUCACGACGGCCACAAUCACGGUCAUGACCAUGAUCACGACCAUAACGAUGACCUGACGCCCACAUUCCAGUCGCUUUUAUACAAACAGAUCGAUUUCGAUGGGAUCGUAACCCUCAACGAAUCCGAGCACAAAGCCGGCGCUGCCAUCGUCAAGAAGACAUGGGCCCAGCGCCUAGAUGAAAGCCCAGAGUUGGAGAGCGAUGUGGAUGAGCAAUUGUUGAUGUACAUUCCAUUUACCGGCCAAGUCAAACUCCACGCCCUCCUGUUCUACGCUGCGCCCACUCCUUCCGCUCCGAAAACCAUUAAGCUCUUCCGCAACCGCCCCGAUCUUGACUUUUCCACCGCCAGCGACCUUCAGGCUACCCAAACCCUCACUGUUCCUCAGACCCUCACCGGAUCGGAUGCUGACGUCCUCGAGAUUCCAUUAAAUCGGGCCCAGUGGAACACCACGACUUCCGUCACAUUAUUUUUCGAAGACAACUGGAGCGACGGGGACGAGGAAGUGACCAAGGAAACUUCUAUAUCCCACGGCAAGUUUAUGAUGGACAGGCGUCAAGGAACUCAUCCUUUGUAUGAUAGCGGAGCUUUCAACGUGUCAUCGCAUACCUUUUCCGCUGAGCGAGAUCUCUAG